GGCGGCGGCGGCGGCUCACACCGGAUCUGCCCUCGGCGCGGCGCGCACCCGAGGGGGGUCGGCCGGGAAAGCGGCGCCGGCCCGGACCCCCCAACGGGAGCCGGCGACAGCGACCGGGUGAGGCGUCUGGAGCGGCGGAGACCUCCCGGACAGUGCUGUGAGCCCUUCAAGGUUUUUCACCGAGUUGUAGUAAAAUUGCACAAGGUAUCUUAAUUGAAGUUUCCCAAUUGAAAAAUUGGAGAUUCCUAGACUACUGAGAAGAAGGUGCUUUCAGAGUUGGAGAUGUGAAUAAAAUACUCUGUUCCAGAACGCAUAGACUACAUUGAGAAAAUGACAGUGGUGUUGGAAGACCGUUGCUUUUGGAAGACCUGUUAACAUUCAUUUCCUAGUAAAUACUUCACCACCCUUUACUCUGGCAUGGCGCAAAGCAGUCCACAGCUUGAUAUUCAGGUUCUCCAUGAUCUCAGACAGCGUUUCCCUGAAAUCCCAGAGGGUGUGGUAUCUCAGUGCAUGUUACAGAAUAACAAUAAUCUAGAAGCCUGUUGCCGAGCCCUUUCCCAGGAGAGCAGCAAAUACUUGUAUAUGGAAUACCAUAGUCCAGAAGACAAUAGGAUGAAUAGAAAUCGCCUUUUGCAUAUUAACCUGGGUAUCCACUCUCCUAGUAGCUACCACCCAGGAGAUGGAGCUCACCUUAAUGGUGGUCGAACACUGGUACAUAGCUCAAGUGAUGGACAUAUAGAUCCACAGCAUGCAGCAGGUAAACAGCUGAUAUGCUUAGUUCAGGAACCACACUCAGCUCCAGCUGUUGUGGCUGCUACUCCCAACUAUAAUCCAUUUUUUAUGAAUGAACAGAACAGAAGUGCAGCUACUCCUCCUUCACAGCCACCUCAGCAGCCAUCUUCCAUGCAAACAGGUAUGAAUCCAUCUCCUAUGCAAGGGCCUUCACCACCACCACCUCCAUCCUACAUGCACAUACCUCGGUAUAGUACAAAUCCAAUUACUGUUACAGUGUCCCAAAACCUCCCUUCUGGACAGACUGUACCAAGAGCUUUACAGAUUCUUCCACAAAUUCCAAGUAAUCUCUAUGGAUCUCCUGGUUCUAUUUAUAUUAGACAGACAUCUCAGAGUUCAUCGGGAAGACAGACUCCUCAGAAUGCACCGUGGCAGUCCUCACCACAAGGCCCAGUGCCUCAUUAUAGCCAACGCCCUUUACCUGUGUAUCCACAUCAACAGAACUAUCAACCUUCUCAGUAUUCUCCCAAACAGCAGCAAAUCCCUCAGCCAGCUUACCAUUCACCACCUCCUUCUCAGUGUCCUUCACCCUUUAGCUCUCCACAGCAUCAAGUGCAACCUUCGCAGCUGGGCCACCCAAGCUCUCACGUGUUUAUGCCACCUAGUCCUUCGACUACUCCACCCCACCUAUAUCAACAAGGACCUCCUAGUUAUCAAAAGCAGGGAAGCCAUUCAGUAGCCUAUCUCCCAUACACACCAUCCAACUUACCCAAAGGUUCCAUGAAGAAGAUAGAAAUUACAGUUGAACCUUCUCAAAGACCUGGGACAGCAAUAACUAGGAGUCCUUCACCCAUCAGUAAUCAGCCAUCUCCACGGAACCAGCACUCACUGUAUACAGCCACCACUCCACCUUCAAGUUCUCCUUCAAGAGGGAUAUCUAGUCAACCAAAACCUCCAUUUAGUGUUAAUCCUGUGUAUAUUACAUAUACACAGCCAACUGGACCUUCAUGUGCUCCAUCACCGUCUCCCCGGGUGAUACCAAACCCUACUACCGUUUUUAAAAUUACUGUAGGCCGAGCAACACCUGAAAAUCUUUUAAAUUUAGUGGACCAAGAAGAGCGCUCUGCAGCACCAGAACCUAUUCAGCCCAUUUCAGUGAUACCAGGCUCUGGGGGAGAAAAGGGAAGUCAUAAAUAUCAGAGGAGUUCUAGUUCUGGAUCAGAUGAUUAUGCCUAUACACAAGCUUUGCUGUUACAUCAGCGAGCAAGGAUGGAGAGGUUAGCAAAGCAAUUGAAACUUGAAAAAGAGGAGCUAGAGCGGUUGAAGGCUGAAGUCAACAGUAUGGAGCAUGACCUGAUGCAGAGACGGCUCAGGAGAGUCAGUUGCACCACCGCAAUCCCCACGCCAGAGGAAAUGACAAGAUUGAGAAGCAUGAACAGACAACUCCAGAUAAAUGUUGACUGUACACUGAAAGAAGUUGACCUCCUUCAAUCUAGAGGAAACUUUGAUCCGAAAGCCAUGAAUAAUUUUUAUGACCACAUAGAACCUGGCCCAGUUGUGCCACCAAAACCAUCCAAAAAAGACUCCUCAGACCCCUGCACAAUUGAAAGAAAAGCCCGAAGAAUUAGCGUCACCUCCAAAGUACAGGCAGAUGUCCAUGAAACCCAGGCCGCAGUUGCAAAUGAAUAUCUAAGUGGCUGCAAACAGCCUCCUCGGACACAACACCGAGAUGAAGAUUAUGAAGGCGCUCCAUGGAAUUGUGACAGCUGUACCUUUCUCAACCACCCAGCACUGAAUCGCUGUGAGCAGUGUGAGAUGCCACGGUACACUUGAGUUCAGAAAAGUCGGCACCAGGUUGAGAGUGAAACUGGGAGCUCCCACCAGAAGAAAAGGAAGCCUCGGGACUGCGUUAAUCUGCCCAGCCUUUUCAUUUCUGAUUGCAUGGGGGGAGGAGGAGGAAUGGCCCUGUGGGCACUGGGCUCACCAAAGGAAAAAUGGGAAGGUCUUUCUUUGUUCCUUUCAUAACUCACUGCGGAGUGAGAGGUCGAAGGGGAUACUUGAAACUGGGAAAGGAUUCACUCCUGAAAGAAUGUACACAGGGAAGUCAUGGCUUUUCUGUGGAAUCUCAAUUGUUAAAGUUACUGCUGAGUGGCUCUUACUUUUUAAAGAUGAACUUUGAAUUAUAGUAGAACAUGUUACAGUUUAUGCAGACAAACUGUGAAUACCAGAGCAGACUUACCUGUAGGGUCACAGCUCUGGAGACCAAGGCUCCACUGUGCUUCUACCUGCUGCUUCUUGCGAGGAGGUCAGGAAGGAGCACCCAGGAUAUGGUUUCUUUUCUUUUUGCAAAAUAAUGAGGGUAUUUGUAAUUGCUGCUUUUUUCAGGGGUAAUUUUUAACACACAUACAUACGCAAAUAAGAAAAUGUGAUCUGUAGCAGUCAGGAAUUAGGCAUAUCAUGCCCUUUGUGAAAAAGUACAAUCAGAGCUAGUAAGAUCCCUUUUGCUUGAACAGUGAUUCAUCAAGCUACUGAUCCGCACUGUUAACUAAGACCUACUUAAACCACAUAAUUUAAAUUACUGUGUACUUUUCUUAGGCUAUUGGUUUUAAAAGUAACAAAAUGU